AUGCCAGUUGGACCUGACAGGAGUGCAGUUGUUUGUUAUCAGUGUCAGAAGCCCGGACAUUACAAGUCCAGUUGUCCGAUGAGAUCGUCUUCAGUUUCGUCAACCCCGAAGGCUUGUUAUAGGUGUGGCCAGCAGGGUCACUUGAUUCAUGAUUGUCCGGGUCAGAGAGCAGGCUCCAUUAGUGGCAGAAGGUCACAGCAGAGGCCAUCACAAUCGGCUACAGUUCAGUCAGGUGUUCAGGUUGGCAGUCCUCAGGCACAGGUACCACAGGGACGUGUUUUUGCACUGGCACAGACCGAUGCAUCUUCUGGAUCGUCAGUUCUUCGAGAUUUGAGCGUACAAGCAACAGUUAGCUGGACACUGUCAGAAUUCUUUGGUGGCCAGAAUGUUUCCAUUGUUGCUGAAGAAGAUGUCAGAACUCUGUCCAAGGCUGAUUCAACAGAUCUAUUGGAAGCGGUGGUAUGCACUGUGAACCAAUGCUUGGCUGAAGCACCCAAGUUUGGCCUUAAAAGUACAGACAAAGCCCUAGGGCCUCCUCAAGUUCUUGCGGCCAUCAGCCGAUGCAGCUCAACUGGGGGCCCUAAAGGAAGGCAUUGGGUCCUUGACCCUAUUGAUGGAACAUUAGGAUUUGUGCGUGGAGAUCAAUAUGCUGUGGCUUUAGCCUUGAUUGAGGAUGGGCAAGUUGCUCUUGGAGUUCUUGGGUGCCCUAAUUACCCAAUGAAGAAGGAAUGGCUAAAUUACCAUCACCAACACUAUCAAACUAUGUCAAAAAUGUCAUCAUCAACUCUUGAUUCUCGGGAAGAAGGAUGCGUGAUUUACUCAAGGAGAGGUAGUGGAGAAACAUGGAUGCAACCUUUAAUCUAUGGUGAUAAGAAGCUUGAGUGGCCAAACUUUGCAAGAGCUAUUCGCGUUUCUUCCAUUAAUGAUCCAGCACUGGCAACUUUUUGUGAACCGAUGGAGAAAUCAAAUUCAAACCACUCCUUCACUUCUGGACUUGCUGAAAGCAUUGGGCUUAGAAAGAAACCACUUCGUGUUUAUAGCAUGGUGAAAUAUGCAGCCAUAGCUCGGGGAGAUGCUGAGAUCUUUAUGAAGUUUGCAAGAGCUGGGUACAAGGAGAAAAUAUGGGAUCAUGCUGCUGGUGUUCUUAUCGUGCAAGAGGCUGGCGGUGUGGUAACUGAUGCAGGAGGGCACCCUCUGGAUUUUUCAAAAGGAUUGUUUCUAGAAGGUCUUGAUCGGGGCAUUGUUGCUUGCUCUGGGGCUGCACUGCAUGAGAAAAUUAUUGGGGCUGUUUAUGCUAGCUGGGACUCUUCUAACCUGUGAUGGUUACUUUAGUGUUUCCACGGGGCCCAAUACACUGAUGCGGAAUUAUUUUGGUACCUUUGGCAGGUUAAGAAAAUUGCAGUAACGAGUGUUUCACACAGUUGCGGGACUUUUAAUUUUGGUUUCUUCAUUGCAUCAAGCAUUGUGAUAGGCCCACUAAGUCAAUUUUUUGUGUGACUUGGCUGGUUUUGCGAAAUGGAUUGAUGUUGCGGAGCUUUCCUUGAGCAUAUAUACGGUCGGAAAUUUCUGUCAACUAUAAUUUGUACAGGAAUACCAAGUUUUUUGUGUUUUAUUUCUUAUUGAUCCCUAAAAUGGUGAGGACAAUGGCCUGUCAAUAUAUUGCUUGCUUGGUUUAGAA